CACGUACACCGCCCCUCCCUUUCCCCUCAUCUCCACUCUGCGGCACCGGGCACUCGCGCUGCGUCCAGAUCCUUCUUCCACUCCCGCUGCCCUAGUGUUCGGACUUCGGAGAGAGAGAGAGAGAGAGAGGCCACCGCCGUACCGCCGCCGCGCCGCCAUGGCCCCCAACCCGGCCGCCAUAGCCCUCCUGGCCGCCCUCGACGGGAACCUUCUCCUCCUCAAAAAAAUGGCCACAAAGCUGGAUUUAAGGGAAACUAAAGACCCGAAGGGACUAAAUGCACUUCAUUUCGCUGCAAAUAAGGGGUGCCUGGAGAUCUGCAAGUUCCUGGUGGAGGAAGUGGGGAUGGAUGUCAACUUGCCAUCAAACCUAGGUGCCACACCGAUGUUUUACGCCGCACUCAAGGGGAACGUUCCGGUUAUGAGGUAUCUUCUUGAUCAUGGCGGUGAUCCAGAAAAAGCCAGCGACAGGGGCUUAACGCCACUGCAUAAUGCAGCGGAGCACGGGCAUUGUGAGGCUGUACGGCUAUUGCUGUCGAAAGGAGUUAAUGUGGAUGUUAUCAAUUAUCGGGGCACACCGUUGCACAUGACUGCUGCGAAGGGCCAGCAUCGGGCCAUGAAGAUUCUGCUCGAGCAUGGUGCUGAUCCCAACAGAGUUGUCAAUCAUGUCUUUUCACCACUAAUGAUGGCAUGCUGUGCGAACGCCUUGAAAUGCAUGAAACUACUGAUUGAGGCUGGUGCUGAUGUGAAUGGUAAUACUUGUUCUGGACCAACUCCUUUAACAGGGGCAGUUGAUGAUUGCUCAACCGAACUUGUCAAGUUCUUGCUAGAGGCUGGAGCUGACCCUAACAUUCCUAACCAGCAUGGGGAAAUUCCAAUCAAGAAAGCAGCAGCUCGUGGUAAACGUGAACUCGUCGAACUUCUAUUUCCGAAGACAAAACCAAUUCCAUCUGUGCCAGAUUGGAGUGUUGAUGGUAUAAUUGCAACUAUGCAAUCCCCACUUACCAGGAUUGAGGAUGCAGUUUCUGCCCAAGAAAGAAUAGCCGAUUCAAAGUCAAAGGGGAAAGAAGCAUUUGCAAAGCAGGACUACUUCACAGCAAUGUACUACUAUGGACUGGUGAUGGAGAUAGACCCACUUGAUGCCACCCUGUUCUCCAACCGGAGCCUCUGUUGGCUGCGGAUGCGAGAAGGGGACAGAGCCUUGCAAGAUGCUCAACGAUGCAAAAUGCUGCGCCCUGGCUGGGCCAAGGCAUGGUACCGUGAGGGCUCAGCUCUCAGUUUCAUGGGGGACCACGAAGGAGCAGCCAAAGCGUUCCAGGAGGCGCUGAGACUCGACCCCGCGAGCGAUGAGAUCAAGGAGAAGUUAAGCGAGGCCAGUGCGAAAGCUCCUCGCUAUGCGUAAGAGAAGAACCGUUGAGCUGACAUAUAAGCAAGUGCCUGUUCCGUGAUCCUUCCACUGGCUACUAACCUACUGCUAGGCCUGCUCGUAUAGCAGUUGUUGCUCUUACAAGCUAGCUACUUCCGAACUGGGCUGAACAGCUUAAAAGGUCUGUGGCUGAGCUUCCGACAUAAAUUAAGAGGUGUCUGACCUGGUGUACUAAAUGUAUCAGUCGCGAAGACAAAUGAGUUUUCAGAUACGCUGAAGAUUUCACUGAAGAUAUUUACACCGUAAAGUUUUUCUUUUUCAUGGAGUA